AUGAACCCCAUCCGCACCCUCGCCGCCGCCGCCGCCCGCCGGGCGACCACCUCCACCCUCCCCCGUCGCGCACCAGCAGCAGCAGGGUACCACGUCUCGAGCGUGCGGCUCGCGGGCAAGGAGUCGAAACUCCAUUCGGAAGGACGCGCCCAAGACAUCGAAAGAGAGAAGCAAGACGCGCUGGCCAAGGCGAAGCAGGGCCAGGGACAGUGGAAGGAGGAGCUGGCUAGUGAUAGUGAGAGUAUUGUGAAAGCGGAUCGCAGCGAGGGAGGUAAGAGCACGGAGGAGACGAUUCGGGCGCUGCAGGAGGAGGCGAAGAAGGUGGGGAAGUCUUGA